CAGCCGGAGAAGGAAAGUCCAUGAGACACUCCUCUCCAGUCAAAAAAGCCAGAAGUGGAGCUGUGGCUCAAGCAGUAGAGAGCCCUAGCCUUGAGAAAAAAGCUCAGAGAGCUCUUCUGAACUAUGCCGAAAGUAGUGUCCCGGUCGGUCGUCUGCUCAGACACCCGGGACCGAGAGGAAUACGAUGACGGUGAGAAGCCCCUUCACGUCUACUACUGUUUGUGUGGCCAGAUGGUCCUGGUGCUAGAUUGUCAGUUAGAGAAGUUACCCAUGAGGCCCCGGGACCGAUCUCGUGUGAUUGAUGCUGCCAAACAUGCCCACAAAUUUUGUAACACAGAAGAUGAGGAGACUACAUACCUUCGGAGACCUGAAGGUAUUGAACGACAGUACAGGAAGAAGUGUGCUAAGUGUGGACUACCGCUCUUUUACCAGUCCCAACCGAAGAAUGCUCCUGUGACCUUCAUUGUAGAUGGAGCAGUAGUGAAGUUUGGUCAGGGUUUUGGGAAAACGAAUAUAUAUACUCAGAAACAAGAGCCUCCAAAGAAGGUGAUGAUGACCAAGAGGACUAAAGACAUGGGCAAGUUCAGCUCUGUUACUGUGUCUACCAUUGAUGAAGAGGAAGAAGAGAUUGAGGCUAGGGAAGUUGCUGAUUCCUAUGCACAAAAUGCCAAAGUGAUUGAAAAACAGUUGGAGCGCAAAGGUAUGAGCAAGAGGCGGCUGCAAGAGCUGGCUGAACUGGAAGCCAAGAAAGCAAAGAUGAAGGGGACCCUGAUUGACAACCAGUUUAAGUGACCCAGAUCUUUCCCUGAGCCCAAACUGGAGGCAAGCACUAAGAUUAUAGAGAAAAAUAUCUUUGUUUCUAUUUAUGCUCUGGGAGGAUUGACUUACCAUUCACUCUUGAGGUCUUCCGGUGCAUUUGACCUGUUUUCUAGGAGAUUAGUCUUUGUGUAAGUUUUCUAUACUAUUCUUUUUUGUCUAUUUGAUGUAAAUUUCUUCAGCUGUGUAGAAGCUUUAUUAAUAUAACAAUGAUUUUUUUCUAGUUUC